UCUGAUAUAAAUAUAUCAUACCUCAAAUAAUAAAUAAAGUAGUAAUUCAUGAUGAUAGCCAAGAGUACUGUUUUAUUGUGGCGUAUCAAAUAUGUUUAUUUAUUAGGGACAUUUUAGGCAUUUUGAGAGUUCUAAGAAGGUUGUGUCCUGAGUACUAACUUUCUGAACAUCUGACGAUGUGUAAGUGUACUUAAUCUUCAUAUUUCAUGUUUGGCGACGUAAAUUGACCGCAUGAAGUUAACAUGGACGGUGUUAUUGAUUGGAGUGUGCUGUUGAACUGGAUACUAUGCUCCCGUUUUAUAAUUUUUGAUCAUACAAAGUGGUUCUGUGUUCCAGACGCUACUGCUGAUGAUUAAGAUGAUGAGGACUGACGAUGGUACGAAUGUUUAUCCAUUGGGCUUUGGGCCACACUUAUUUAUUGAAGGCUUAUAAUAAUACUUGACUGGGAAAAGGGAUCUUUUAACUUUGACAUCAGACUAUUGUAUAGCCUAUUUCCAACUAAAUGAUCUUUAAUCCGAGUUUUUCAUUCGAUAUCGUGGAUACUCCACCUGUUGCAGAUGUCCAAAAUACGUCAUCCGCCCACAUCCCGAUCACUAGAUUGGUGGAUACCUUAAUAGAAACAUAUCGUAGAGAAAUUGACCCAGAUGAGAGUGUUGAAACUUGUAACGGUGUUAUUCCGCCAGGAGUUGUAGAAGAUGAAAGUUGCGCAACCCGUUUCACAGAUGUUGUUCGCGAGAAGAGUAAUCGUGUCCAUAAAAAGAAAGAUGAGCCAGAGAAAUUUAAUUUUACCCGUGCUGUUACGAAAUACAAGCAGGUUUCGUCAUUCAUGGAACUUAGUUUAGCUAAACCAUUACUUAAGUCACUUACUGAAAUGUCUUUGGACAAGCCAACUCCUAUUCAGUGCGCAUGUAUUCCUGUGGCUCUUCUUCAUCACGAUAUAUGUGCUUGUGCCAGAACAGGUUCUGGUAAGACAUUGGCCUUUCUGUUGCCUAUUUUGGAGAGGUUAGCAAAAAAACCUACCGAUUUUAACUAUGCAAUUACUCGAGCACUUGUGAUCAGUCCAACUCGGGAGUUAGCUGUACAAAUCUUCAAUGUUGCUGAAAAGCUUGUGAAGUAUUGUCCAAAGCUCCGAAUUCAGUUAGCUGCUGGGGGACUUGAUUUACAUUCUCAAGAAGCUUCUUUACGUCUAAGUCCGGACUUGGUUAUUGCCACACCUGGACGUUUAAUUGACCAUUUAUCAAACGCUCCCAGCUUCAACUUGCAACACAUCGAGUAUUUAGUAUUAGAUGAAGCCGACAAACUCUUAGAUGAAUAUUUCACAGAGCAAAUCGCAGAAAUCAUCAAGUUCUGCAGUAAAAGACGCCAAACAUUAUUGUUUUCUGCGACGAUGACCGAAAGUGUUAAAGAGCUUGCUAUACUUUCGCUCCGAGAUCCAGUGCAAAUAUUUCUUAACCAGGCUACUGCUCUGGCACAGCGUCUGCAUCAGGAGUUCGUCCGUGUUCGUCCACAUAGAGAAGAUGAUCGACGGGCAAUCGUCGUGGCCUUACUUAUGCGUUAUUUUCGUCAACGGACUAUAGUAUUCCUACCAACUAAAAAAGACUGCCAUAAAAUGCAUAUUAUGUUGGGGUUACUUGGUCUUUCCUGCACUGAGUUGCAUGGUAACAUGACACAAGCUCAGCGCUUGGAAGCUUUAAAGCGUUUCUCCAAAAUCGAUUCAACUGACAUCUCCAAAACGGAAAGCGCAUUAAACCAGGCAUCUAAAGUGGAAAAUUCUGAUGUUUCAUCUGUUGAUAUUCUUUUGGCAACUGACUUAGCGUCACGAGGUUUGGAUAUUCCCAAUGUACAGACAGUUAUAAAUUAUACUCUACCACAGACUAUGAAGCAGUACGUACACAGAGUUGGCCGUACAGCAAGAAUUAUGAACGUGGGUCGCGCAGUGUCUCUAGUGGGAGAGGCUGAUCGCAAAUUACUCAAACAAAUAAUGAAAGAAGCUCCUUAUCCAGUUAGGGCAAGGGUGAUACCUUCAGAGGUUAUUGCCAGUUACCACUCCAAGAUCACUCGUUUAGAACCUAUAAUUGGAAAAAUUCUAGCUGCAGAAGCUGAAGAGCGAGAGUUACGGGCUGCUCAAAGUCAAUUGUCUAGGGCUGAAGAGUUAGCUUCGAAUAUGAAAUCAGGGACUAUCCCGAUAUCCUGUGUGGAGAGGCGAGUGGACUGGUUUGCAGAACGUAAACGUGGACAGAAGGCUAUUGGUCGAAAAACCAAAGUAUCUAAACCGAAAAGACGUAAAACUAGUUCUGAUAGUGAUUCUGAAUAAAAUUUGACCCAUAUCGCUGUCUUUUGCACUCCAGUAACUUGGGUGGAAUAAAAAUCAAUUGAUAUUGUAAAAUAAACUUUACAAAGUUUUUU